UACUCAUUAGCUAUAGUCAAGUAAAACAAGGUUAUGUUCCUAACCUAACAUUAUGCACAUUGGAUGGAAAACCAUGCUUGGCCACGCUUAAUAAGUGUUAGACAAUAAUUAAAGUGAUAAUAUUUCAAGUUAAUAUUUUGUAAGUUAAAAUGGGGAAAAAAGCGAAGAUUGGAAAACAGAGGAAAGAUAAAUAUUACCAAUUAGCUAAAGACACAGGUUAUAGAUCACGUGCUGCUUUCAAGUUAAUUCAAUUAAAUCGGAAAUUUCAAUUUCUUCAAAAAUCAAGAGUAUGCAUCGAUUUAUGUGCUGCACCUGGCGGCUGGAUGCAAGUUGCCAGACAAAAUAUGCCUGUAUCAUCGGUAGUUGUUGGUGUAGAUUUAUUUCCGAUAAAACCUAUCCCAGGAUGUUUUAGUCUUGUGGAAGAUAUUACGACAGAUAAAUGUAAAGCAGCUCUUUCACGUGAAUUGAAAACAUGGAAGGCUGAUGUUGUUUUGAACGAUGGUGCUCCAAAUGUAGGGAAAAAUUGGUUACAUGACGCAUUUCAGCAAUCUGUUUUGACAUUGUCAGCUCUUAAAUUAGCUACUCAAUUCUUAAGACCUGGUGGUUGGUUUAUAACAAAAGUAUUUCGUUCUAAGGAUUAUCAUCCAUUGAUCUGGGUGCUAAAACAAUUGUUUGAAAAGGUACAUGCUACUAAACCUCAGGCAUCACGUAUUGAAUCUGCAGAAAUUUUUGUAGUUUGUCAAUAUUAUAUUGCUCCUGAUAAAGUAGAUCCCAAGUUCUUUGAUCCAAAGCACGUCUUUUCUGAAUUACAAAUAGAAACUACGAACAAAUUAAAUAUUCUUCAUCCAGAAAAGAGGAAACUUAAAGUAGAGGGAUAUCCUGAGAAUGAUUACACAUUAUAUCACCAAUUAUCUGCAAAGCAGUUUCUUGCCUGUGAUGAUGCCGUAGAAGCAUUGCAGAAUGCUUCCGAAAUAGUAAUAGAUGAUGAAUUUAUCGACAAGCAUGAAAAAACGACUAAAGAAAUUAGGGAAUGUUGUAAAGAUAUUAAAGUACUUGGACGAAAAGAUUUGAAACUUCUAAUUAAUUGGUGGAAAGCGUUAAAAAAGACAGAAACUGAAACAAAUGAAGCGAAAAAUACUGAAGAAGAAAUUACUACCGCACCUGCCGUUAAUCUCGAAGAAGAGGAAGAUUUGGAAGAUGAGGUAAUUCAAAAACAGAUCGCCGAACUCCGAGAAGAAGAAACAAAAGAAUUAAAACGCAAAAAGAAGAAAACCAAAAAAGAUAGGCAGAAGUUGAAUGAACGUCUCAAUUUGAAAAUGAUUCAUAAGCGCGACGAGGGACCUAAAUUAGAAGCAGAAAAUUUGUUUAAAUUAAAUCAGAUUCAAACCUAUGAGCAAUUAGAACAAAUUACAGAUCAAACGCCUGAUGUCGUAGCAGAAAGUGAUGUAGACUCGGAUGACGAAAUUAAACCGAAAACGAUUUUUUACGAGAAAGAUGCAGGUCAUUUGGACAGUAAGGGUUUGUACUAUAAAUCAGAAGAUAACGAGAACAGUGAUACUGAUGUAUCGGAUGAUGAUACAAACAGCGAAAAAUCUGGACUAGGUUUGGACGAUUCAGACGACGAAAAUACUAAGAAACCGCAAAAGAAGCAACAAUUUAAAGAUCCUGAAAGCAACCCGUUGUUAACUGAUCUAGAUUUUCGGGACAAAGAAACUAAAAGAAUUCACAAGGCAGCACUUUGGUUUGAGAAAGACGCAUUUAAAAAUUUAGAGAAUGAAGAUGAUGCAGAUUAUGAAUUAGAUAAACUGAUAAAGGAGUACAAGAAAAUAGGUGGACAUGUCCUCGGAGAAGAAGAGAAAACGCAAGAAAAAGUAGAGGAAAAGAAACAAAAGCGCAAAAUCAGUGAAAGUGAUGAUUCAAAUUCCGAUUACGAUGUGGAAGAAAUGAUGGCUCCUGACAAAAAAUCGAAAAAGAUCGGUGGACAGCAUGGCUUUGAAAUAGUAUCAAAAGAAGCAGAUAAAAAAUCGAAGAAAAAAAAAUUGUCUCCCGAGGACUUAGCACUCGGAUCGUUACUGAUUCAAAGUAAAAAAUCUCGAAGAGACUUGAUCGACUCAGCUUGGAAUAGAUAUGCGUUUAACGACGAGAAAUUACCUGAUUGGUUUGUAAAGGACGAGGAGAAACAUAUGAAGAAGGAAGUGCCUGUACCUAAAGAACUUGCCGAUGAAUAUAAAAAGAGGGUGGAGGACUUGAAUGUAAGACCUAUUAAGAAAGUAAUGGAGGCUAAAGCAAGGAAAAAGAAACGCGCGAUGCGCAAACUAGAGAAGGCCAAUAAGAAGGUGGAAGUAUUGAUGGAAAAUGCAGAUAUCAGUGACAAGGAGAAGGCCAGACAAGCUAAAGCGUUGUACAAGAAGGCUCGGCGGGAUCCAAAAAAACAAGUUACGUAUAUCGUAGCAAAGAAACAUACUGCACAGAAGCGAGCUGUACGGCCUCCCGGGGUGAAAGGUCGAUAUAGAGUAGUCGAUCCGAGAAUGAAGAAAGAUUUACGCGCGGCGAAAGCGAAGGAAAAAACUAAAGGACGUGGGAAGAAAAGUGGCAAUCGUGGUAAAAAACCGAGGGCGAAGCCUAAAAACAUGAAGAGGAAGAGUAAAUAAUCUUUUUACUUUCACAUUAUAAGAUAUUUUUAAUUUAUAAGAACUAUGCAUUUAUUUGCAUAAUGCAGUUAUAGAAUAUGUAAAUAAAUAUUUCUAUUACAAUAUACAAAUUUUAGAUUC